AGCGGGAGGAGGAGGAGGAGGAGGAAGAAGGAGAGGAGCAGGAAGAGGAAGGGGAAGAAGAGGAGGAGAGCCCCCCUCCCCGGAGCCGGCCGAGGAGCUCUUUCUGCGGAGGUGUGUUUCUCCCGUCCGGCUGGGACACUGCUUGUGCGACCGGGCCAAAAAUGGAACGCAACAGACGCCUUUCCUCUGACGGAGUGACCUUUUGCAUUUCCCUUUAAGACUGCUUUCUCCGAUCCUGUCCACUCAAGCCGCGGCCUUUCCUGGUGGCUUUCUCCUCUUCCUUUUCUACUUGGGCCGGCAGUCUCCGUUUCUUCCUCUCCCCCACUUUGAGGGUCCCCCCAGAACCCUUGACUCUCCUUGUGCGCACACCCAACCGCCGCCAUGCUUCUCUCACCUUCGAGUUUCGUCCUUCGGGUGCUGAACAUCCGGACAAGCUCUGCCCUUUUCUUCUGGCUUUUGGGGCUCGCCCUGCGCUCGCUCCCCCUUUCGGGGCAGAAACCCGAGGACAAAUACCCUGUGGUGCCCACCAAUUAUGGGAAGCUGCGGGGAAUCAAGAAAGACCUGAACAACGAGAUCCUUGGCCCCGUGGUGCAGUACCUGGGCAUCCCUUACGCCACGCCGCCCGUGGGGGAGAGGCGCUUCCAGCCCCCCGAGGCGCCCGCUUCGUGGUCUGAGGUGCGCAAUGCCACCGCUUUUGCUCCCGUCUGCCCGCAGAACAUCCACGGCAUGCUGCCCGGGAUCAUGCUGCCCGUCUGGUUCACGGACAACUUGGAAAUCGUCGCCGGCUAUGUCCAGAACCAGAGUGAAGAUUGCCUCUACCUCAACAUUUACGUGCCAAUGGAGGACGGUCCGCUCACGAAAAAGCGUGAGGAGGCAUCAACUAACAAUCCCACUCCAGACGAAGAUAUCCGGGACAGCGGCAAGAAGCCCGUCAUGCUCUUCAUCCACGGCGGAUCCUACAUGGAAGGAACGGGGAACAUGUUCGACGGCAGCGUUUUGGCUGCAUACGGCAACGUGAUUGUCGUCACCAUGAACUACCGGCUCGGCGUGCUGGGCUUCAUGAGCACCGGCGACCAAUCGGCCAAGGGAAACUACGGCCUCCUCGACCAAAUCCAGGCCUUACGGUGGUUGAACGAGAACAUCGGCCAUUUCGGGGGAGACCCCGAGCGGAUCACCAUCUUCGGCUCGGGGGCCGGCGCCUCCUGCGUCAACCUCCUCAUCCUCUCCCACCAUUCGGAAGGUCUGUUCCAGAAAGCCAUUGCUCAGAGCGGCACAGCCAUCUCCAGCUGGUCGGUCAACUACCAGCCCCUCAAGUACACCCGCAUGCUGGCCUCCAAGGUGGGCUGCGACCACAUGGACACCAGCAACACGGUUGACUGCCUUCGGCGCAAGCCCUACCGGGAACUGGUGGACCAGGACAUCCAGCCGGCGCGUUACCACAUUGCUUUUGGGCCCGUGGUGGACGGGGAUGUGGUGCCGGACGACCCGGAGAUCCUGAUGCAGCAAGGGGAGUUCCUCAACUACGACAUCCUCAUCGGUGUCAACCAGGGGGAAGGCCUGAAGUUCGUGGAGGACUCCAUGGAGAACGAGGAUGGCAUUUCGGCCAGCUACUUCGACUUCACCAUCUCCAACUUCGUGGACAACUUGUACGGAUACCCGGAGGGCAAGGACAUCUUGCGGGAGACCAUCAAGUUCAUGUACACGGAUUGGGCCGACCGGGACAACGGCGAGAUGCGGCGCAAGACCCUCCUGGCCCUCUUCACGGACCACCAGUGGGUGGCACCUGCCGUGGCCACCGCCAAGCUGCACGCCGAGUACCAGUCUCCCGUCUACUUCUACACCUUCUACCACCACUGCCAGACCGACACGCGGCCCGAGUGGGCAGACGCCGCCCACGGAGACGAGAUCCCGUACGUCUUUGGCGUGCCCAUGAUUGGAGCCACGGACCUCUUCCCGUGCAACUUCUCCAAGAACGAUGUCAUGCUGAGCGCGGUUGUCAUGACCUACUGGACCAAUUUUGCCAAGACUGGAGAUCCAAACCAGCCGGUUCCGCAGGACACCAAGUUCAUCCACACCAAACCCAACCGCUUCGAGGAGGUGGUCUGGACCAAGUUCAACACGAAAGACAAGCAGUACCUCCACAUCGGCCUCAAGCCCCGGGUGCGCGACAACUACCGGGCCAACAAGGUGGCCUUCUGGCUGGAGCUGGUGCCCCACCUCCACAACCUCCACGAGCCCCCCUACACCUCCACCACCACCCGCAUCCCGCCGGCCGUCACCCGCUGGCCCAGCACAGGGCCGCUGACCACCCGCCGACCCAUGCCCACGCUCCCCGUGGAUGAGGACGACGUGGUGCGGCCGCAGCGCUACGUGCCCUUCCCGGGAGACUCGCGGGACUACUCCACGGAGCUGAGCGUCACGGUGGCCGUGGGGGCCUCCCUCCUCUUCCUCAACAUCCUGGCCUUCGCCGCCCUCUACUACAAGCGGGACAAGCGGCACGAACUGCGGAGCGGGCGGCGGCUCAGCCCCCAGCGCAGCGCGGCCAACGACCUGGUGCACGGCGGGCAGGAGGAGGAGAUCAUGUCCCUCCAGAUCAAGCACUCGGAGCACGACGCCCAUGACCUGGAGCCCCUGCGGCCCCACGAGAUCCUGCGCCCCGCCUGCCCCCCCGACUACACCCUGGCCCUUCGCCGGGCCCCGGACGAUGUCCCCCUGAUGACCCCCAACACCAUCACCAUGAUCCCCAGCACGAUCACGGGCAUGCAAGCCCUGCACCCCUUCAACACCUUCCCCACCGGACACAAUAACACGCUCCCCCACCCUCAUUCCACCACCCGCGUAUAGUCGCCCUCCCCUCUGUACCCUUUCGGCCGCCCGGCAGCAGCGGUGGGGGUCCUCGCCCCGCUGCCCGGAAGGAGGGAGGCGCCUUUCCCCGCCAUGUUGGACGGGUCUUUUGUAUAACAUUCUGUGCGCGGGGAGGGGAAUGGCAAGGGGGCGGGGGGAGAGAGGCCGAGACCCCCCUCUCCUUCCAUCCGCAGGGUCCGGCGGUGCUCUGCCCGCUCUCGGUUUGAUGCCCACCCUUGGAGGCCAGAAACGGGCCGCAUGGAGGAUCGGUCCCCUGUUCAAGCAGAGAGAGAAAAUGAGAGAAAUAGGGGUGACGUUGAGACCGGGGUCCUUUCGGGGUCGCCAAAGGGGAAUGACGAGGAAGUGAAACAUCUCUGAUUUGGACAGAUCACAGGAAACCCGGUGCCAUUCCAACUGUGGGUCUGGGGUUCAGGCAAAAGCAGCGGUUGGAAAAGUAGACCUGCAAUCUUGUCUUCAUUUCCUCUCCUCCGGAUGGUGAAGACAACUUAUGAUAUAGGUGGAGGGGGGGGGCUGGGCAGGGGCCGAGAGCAAGAACGCCCCGUCCUCGGUUCACCUUGUUGGGAAAGGCAGCCGCUCUAUUGCUCAAAUGGUUCACGUCACGAGACACGCGACUGGGUUUGCUCAGAGGGUAAUGGAGAAGUCAACACUGAAAUGGGAGAGCGACGAGAACGGCACUUGUGUCUUCUCUCAGUGAGGAGGAGAACCACAUUCAGUGCACGGCACAUUCUGGGCACUGCCGAAUAUUCCUUUGUAGCCGAGAAGGAGUUAGCGUAAGGACAAAAGGUCAAUCCUCUUCCAUUCUGUAUACUUUUGCGCUUGCGUUGUAAUGUCAUUCCAAGGGAGCGAUGGCGUUGUGGGGCGGAAGAAGGUCACUGAGCAGGGAAGAGGGGUCGGCCUCCCUUCUGUCCUUCCCAAGGGGGCAGGAGGUCACAUCACAGUGCCUUCUUAGCACAGUCCAGAGAGAGAAGUGGGCCGCCUCCGCCUCGUCCCCUUGGCAUUCUCUCCAAUGCCUCCUCCUUCAUGGCAAACAUUUUGGUCACCAUUCGUUGGUCUUCUGGAACACAACGAUGCAUAGUUUUACCAAGAUAUAGUUCCUCCCAGAGCAGUGUUUCUCAACCUGGGGGUCGGGACCCCUGAGGGGGUCAUGAGGGGGUGUCAAAGGGGUUGCCAAAGACCAUCAGAAAACAUAGUAUUUUCUGGUGGUCAUUGGGAUUCUGUGUGGGAAGUCUGACCCAAUUCUAUUUUUGGUCGAGUUCAGAAGGCUCUUUGAUUGUAGGUGAACUAUAAAUCCCAACAACUACAACUCCCAAAUGUCAAGGUCUAUUUUCCCCAGACUCUACCAGUGUUCACAUUUGGGCAUAUGGAGUAUUCGUGUAGAGUUUGCCCCAGAUCCAUCAUUGUUUGAGUCCACAGUGAUCUCUGGAUGUAGGUGGACUACAACUCCAAAACCAAAGGACACUGCCCACCGAAUCCUGAGUAUUCGUGCCUAGUUUGGUCCAGAUCCAUCACUGCAUGAAUCCACAGCGCUCCUCUGGAUAUAGGUGAACUACAACUCCCAAUCUCAAGGCCAAUGCCCAUAAAACCUUUCCCGUGUUUUCUGUUGGUCAUGGGAGUUCUUUGUGCCAAGUUCAGUUUAAAUCCAUCGCUGGUGGAGUUCAGAAUGCUUUUUGAUUAUAGGUGAACUAUAAAUCCCAGCAACUACAACUCCCAAAUGACAAAAUCAAUCCUCCCCCAACCCCACUAGCAUUCACAUUUGGGCGUAUUGGGUAUUUGUUCUCAGUUUAGUCCAGUGAAUGAAAACACAUCCUGCAUAUCGGAUAUUUACAUUACGAUUUAUAACAGUACUAAAAUGACAGGUAUCAAGUAGCAACGAAAACAAUAUUAUGGUUGGGGGUCACCACAACAUAUGGAACGGCAUUAAGGGGUCCCGGCAUUAGCAAAGUUGAGAACCACUGUCCCAGAGGAUUGCCAGUUGUGGCAACUUAAUGGGCCUCUGAUAAGGUAACAGAAAACAAGAAAAAGGAGUAAAAGUCCAGAAUGAAAUUCAGAGAGGGUUUCAACCUGGGGUCAUGAGACCCUUCCUCUUCUUUGUUUAUCGGAGCUUGGCAGAGAGGGCAAGCCUUUGGUUUGAGGAACGCUGUUAUAAAAUCCUAGAAUCAAAGAGUUGGAAGAGACCUCAUGGGCCAUCCAGUCCAACCCAUUCUGCCAAGAAGCAGGAAUAUUGCAUUCAAAUCACCCCUGACAGAUGGCCACCCAGCCUCUGUUUAAAAGCUUCCAAAGAAGGAGCCUCCACCACACUCCGGGGCAGAGAGUUCCACUGUUGAAUGGCUCUCACAAUCAGGAAGUUCUUCCUCAUGUUCAGAUGGAAUCUCCUUUCUUGUACUUUGAAGCCGUUGUUCCGCGUCCUAGUCUCCAGGGAAGCAGAAAACAAGCUUGCUCCCUCCUCCCUGUGGCUUCCUCUCACAUAUUUAUACAUGGCUAUCAUAUCCCCUCUCAGCCUUCUCUUCUUCAGGCUAAACAUGCCCAGCUCCCCAAGCCGCUCCUCAUAGGGCUUGUUCUCCAGACCCUUGAUCAUUUGAGUCGCCCUCCUCUGGACACAUUCCAGCUUGUCAAUAUCUCUCUUGAAUUGUGGUGCCCAGAAUUGGACACAAUAUUCCAGGUGUGGUCUAACCAAGGCGGAAUAGAGCAUGGGGAGCAUGACUUCCCUAGAUCUAGACACUAGGCUCCUCUUGAUGCAGGCCAAAAUCCCCUUGGCUUUUUUUGCCGCCACAUCACAUUGUUGGCUCAUGUUUAACUUGUUGUCCACGAGGACUCCAAGAUCUUUUUCACACGUACUGCUCUCAAGCCAGGCAUGUCCCCCAUUCUGUAUCUUUGCAUUUUGUUUUUUCCUGCCAAAGUGGAGUAUCUUGCAUUUGUCCCUGUUGAACUUCAUUUUGUUAGUUUUGGUCAAUCAUCUCUCUAAACUGUCAAGAUCGUUUUGAAUCCUGCUCCUGUCCUCUGGAGUAUUGGCUAUCCCUCCCUAUUUGGUGUCAUCUAUUAGAACAAGGCCGAAAUUUGAGGGUGAGAAUGGGCACGGCACAAGGCAGUGGUUGGGAGACCAUGUUUAUUUUCCUCCCAUGUAUGUAUUUUCCCUCUUUCCA